CAUUUUGAGAAAAUUGCAGACAGUGACUUUCUUGCUUGGCUAUAAGAAGAAUCUUUCUUUUUCCUGCAAGCUAGGUCAAGAUCUCCUGGUUAAAAUUUUUUCUCUCUUAUCUCUCUCUAAAUGCCAUCGGUGUAGGGACUUGACGUUGAUUUCUGUGAAGUGUCGCGGCACCAGAAAAAGACAGGAUAGAAAUAGUUAAGAAGAACGGAAACAAAAGACUUCUAUCCAAUCCUUGCAAGCUCACAUCCUUCUUGCAUAGCUCCAUGACAGCUUGAAUUAGUGGGUGAGUUGAAGUGUUUUUACAUGGUGAAGAUGACUCGAAAGAAAAUCCAGAUCAAGAAGAUAGACAACACAGCUGCAAGGCAAGUUACUUUCUCAAAGAGGAGAAGAGGGCUUUUCAAGAAAGCUUAUGAGCUCUCAACUCUAUGUGAUGCUGAGAUUGCUCUCACGGUGUUUUCUGCAACUGGCAAGCUUUUUGAGUACUCAAACACAAGCAUGGGGCAAGUGAUUGAAAGGCGCAAUCUGCAUCCAAAGAACAUCGACACCCUUCAUCAACCAUCUCUUGAGCAGCAGCUUGAUGGUGGUGUGCAUGCCAUGUUGAUCAAAGAAAUAGCAGAGAAAAACCGUGAACUGAGGCACAUGAGGGGAGAAGACCUACAAGGAUUGAGCUUGGAAGAACUAAAAAAAAUAGAAAAAUUAAUUGAAGGAAGCUUGCGUCGAGUGGUGGAAGAAAAGGAGGAAAAAAGUACAAAGGAUAUCAAUGCUCUCAAGACCAAGGGGGAGCAAUUAGCAGAAGAGAACCAGCGAUUGAAGCAACAAGUGAUGAAUUUAUCAGCAGCACAAGGGCAUUUGCUCGAACCAGGCCAAUCCCCAGAUUCUUUAGUGACCAAUAUCAGCAGUAUGAGCUCAGCUGAUCCUCGCCAGGACAACGAUAGCUCUUGUGCUUUUCUUACACUAGGGUUACCUUUUCCUGAUUGAAUCCGAAAGAUGGAGGGUUAUCCAGCAAUAUUUAAUGGCUUAGAAGUCAUCAGUUUAAUUAUUAGUGUAUUACUACUCCUUGCAAAUAAAAUAUAUUACAUCUUGGCUUGUAGUUAAUAAAAUUCAUAUGUGCACUUUUCAUGUCUGCUUGUAGUUAAUAAAACUCAUGUGUGCUUGUUGAUUCAGUUGAUAUUUUUCCUAAUGGAAGGACUUCUUUGGGUAA